CGAUUCCCAAAUCGGCGAUACCAAAUUGGAACCUUCCUCUUCAUCUUCCUCGAUAGUCCCGCGCUCCUGCAAAAAUUCAAAUCCUCUCUUCCAUGAAGGAUCACAUUCUCAUCUCCGACGGCGAAGAUCCGGUUACUCCACUCCCAUCACUCUCGAAGCGUGCUCGAAAAGAUCCGAUCUCUGCGAUACUGAUUUCGGAUUCAGAUCCGACACCGCAGAAGCAACCGCCGGAAUCUUCUUCCACUCCUAUUUUCGUCCCGGAGACGCCUCUCUCCGAUGAUUUCUCCGUCGUUAAGUGCUCCUUCGGUUCCGGAGCUUUCGCUUCUAACCGCGAAGACAAAUUCUCCGGCAAACGGAUAAUAUCUCUGGAUUCGGAGUUUGAAGAUAGUCCUCGACCUGAGACUUCGAAGAAGUAUGAGUCUGUGCUUGCUGAUUUUAGGGAGCCACGUUGUGAAUUGGAAUCUGGUGAAACAAGUGAUGCAUACUAUAAGAAUACUAGAAUACCUGAGACCAAUUUAGAUGAUGAUACUAAUUGGAUGCAUGAAGUCAGUUUUCGCUCUUCGCAGACCAAUGAUACUAUCGAGGUCGAUUCUGAUCAGGAGAAAGAGGGUAUAAGCGUCGAGAAAAUGGGUCGAAAGAAGAAGAUCAGAACUACAGGUGAGGCAUUGCCAAAAAAGCAGCUGUCGAAGGAAGACAAAACCUGUGCAAUGGAGGAAAAGAAGUUAAGAAAAGAGCAAGAGAAAUUACAGAAAGCAGCCUUGAAAGCUGAAGAAGCUGAUCGUAAAAAAUUAGAGAAGGAAAAGAAAAAAUGGGAAAAGGGAAAGCUAGCCCUUAAAUCUAUUGUUGCCGAGAUUGAUACUAAAGUGGUUGAAGGAUCCAUUGGAGGACUUCUGCUUUCAUGGUUCUCUGAGAAAGGCAUUACAAUCCACGUAGGCCCUAAUCCAAUCGAGAGAUCCAUUGUGUGGACGAUGACAGUUCCAGAGGAUAUCGCUCCGCUUUUUCCUCAAGGACCCAAGAUUCCUUAUGUGCUCCUUGUGUAUGAGGCUGAAGAAUUUUGUAAUCUUGUUGCUAAUGAAAAAAUUCUAGAAAACAUCUCAAAAGUUCAGGACCGAUACCCGUCUUAUACUGUAUGCUGCCUCACCAAUAAGUUAAUGUCAUAUGUAAAGAAAAGGGAAAAGGAAGAGUACAAGAACCCGGGAAGUUGGAGACGACCUCCUAUCGAUGAGGUACUAGCAAAAUUAACUACUCACUAUGUUAGAGUACAUUCCAGACAUUGUGUAGACGAGGCCGAGGUUGCUGAACAUGUUGUUGGUUUAACAAGCAGUCUCGCCUCUUGCCUGUUCAGGAAGAAACUAACUAUGUUAUCAGUAAGUGCUAAUGGUGCAAUAGUCUCCAAGGAUUCAAUUGACAAACAGUUGAUUAAAAAGAGUCCAUGGUUAAAAGCUUUAGUAGCAAUACCAAAGGUACAGCCACGAUACGCGGUAGCAGUGUGGAAGAAAUAUCCAUCCAUGAAGUCUCUUCUUAAGGCCUACAUGGAUCCUAACAAAUCUGUUCAUGAGAAGGAGUUUUUACUGCAAGACUUGAAGGUGGAAGGUUUAGUGGGAGGAGAUAGAAGGUUAGGUGAGAUUUGUUCAAAGAGAAUAUACAGAGUUCUCAUGUCUCACAAUGGAGCCAUUAAGACGGAUGACGUCGAAAACGGUGCUGCUCUCUUCACAGAUUCUCCAGGUGUUGUUAACUAAGAGCCGAAGAAUUUUUCAAACCACACUGAAUUUUGUACUCUCUUUUUAGAUCGGUUUUCACGAUUCAAAUCGGAUAAGCUUGAUGAAUAAAAAUGAGUGCCAGGGAAAAAAAAGAAGCAAAAAACUCAUAAAGUACCAAGACAGGAUUCGAUCCUGUAAUAUAUUUUUAUAUAUCAGAGAUAACAAUGUACUACUUAACCA